UAUUGAUGGGUGGUGUGGUGGGAAGGUGGAUUGUUUAUGGCGGUGUCGAUGCGUGUGACGGCAGUACAGAUCUAAUGUUGUGAACUUUUGUUACUGGUCUCUUUGCAUAGAGCAGUAACUAGUAUAAGAUCCGUGCUUCUGGUUCUUCUGAGUUGAUCUGAAAAUAGUGUGACAAUGCGGUGGACUGUGACUGUGUCUAGCGUGAGUGUGCUGGUUCUAGAUUGUGUUUCUAUGAGUCCGACUCGACUGUGAAUCCAAGAUGGCGGCUUGCUACCGAAGACUGCGUGCGAACAAUGUGCCGGAUGGAUGACACAGUGGCUGAUGCUGACUACUCGCUCGUCCUUACCUGCGUCUACUUCUACAAGCUAUUGCCAUGCAAUACAUCUACGCGUCCACACUAUGGCUGCUACUGGCCUGCAUCAUGGCAGCACCAGUCGACGAGCCAAUCAAGAUCGACCUGCCAGUCUACGACCAACCAGCGGCCGGCUCGGGCCUGAACUCACAGGCUUUAAACCCUGAGCACAAGAGUGAAGACCGCAUGGAUCCCUCUCUGGUGGCUGGGCUGAUAUCUCAUAAGCUUCAUGCCGCCACCGCCGCUUUCGACCAUAGACUCGCCGUGAACCAUGUCAAGUCAGGGAUCUUCGGCCCCCCGGUGACAGCCCUGGAGGGAGCGCUACUGGAGCACGAGGACUUCGGCAGCAAGAAGCUGUCUGUGAAGGAGAACCUGCAGCACAUCGUGGCCGGGAUAUUCCAGCCGAAACCCAUAGUGGACACCAUCCACGAGGAGGAGAAGUAUGGCAACCACGGGGACAAGUUCUACGCGGCGGGGAAGGCCAUCGUGGGGGGCGCGGAGGGGGUCUCCAACAUCGUCAACACAGUGCUUGAGGUACCCGGGAACAUUUUUAAGAAGAUAACUCGUUUAGCUACAGAGAAGCUAAAUAAUUUGGGAGGAAAACUCAUCGGCUUAUAAACACUAACAUAACGUUAGAAUAAUAAUUGUAUGUUAGUUUGUAACUGGGUAAAUUACCUAAAACAGUGAUUUUAAAUCUAUCAUAUAUGUACCUAAUUACCUAAUACUUAAGGACCCUGAACUUUUCAUGGUCUCUUUAUGUAUAGUAUACCUAGGUACUUAAAUUAAUAAGUAGUAAGUACUUAUUUAAGUUUUAAUACGAUGACUUAUUUUUUAAAAGUAGGUUAUACACAAUAAACUUAAUUUUUUGGUUUA